AUGACAGAAGCUCCACCUCCAUACUCCCCCCACGAUCCACACACCUCAGGACCAACGCACCAGCUCCCCCACCGCCAACAAUACCUCACCAACCUCCCCAAUCCCAGCGCCCUCCCCCCAAACUACCCAGGCACAACAAACAUCCCACCCGACGAACUCCAGCGCGCUGGCUUCAUCUCAGCAACAUCUUACUUCGCACUGCGCACCGCACCGCCGUCAAGACCGCGCAAUGUAUUCUAUCAUCACAUGACGCUAGCGGCCGAGACGCGCGCGAAGAACUUACCGUUUCCGCAGCCGGUUGAUACGUGGACGAGUCGUGGCGUGGAUGCGCAUGAUUGGGAGACGUUCUUGAGUUUCCUGUUAACGCCGUACUGGGAGGAUGCGAGGCGUGAUGUGGAGGGGUUGGUGGAGCUGGAGGCGGAUGUUAGUCUUGACACGUCAGGGCUGAAUUUGAGGAGUUCGAGGUCGAGAGAUCAGAGUAGGCCGUUGCUGGGAGAGAGUCCUGCUGGUCCAGGGCAAGCAAAUCAGUCUCAGGGUAGGGAGCAGGAACGGCUGAGGAGAGUACGUGUUGAAGCGGUGAGUUCGCAGUGGAAUGAGGGGUUUUUUGGACCGCGUGGUUUGCAGAUUAUCAUCCAUGUCAAUGCCCUACCGACGACGGGUCCAACUGAUCCUGUCGCUCCAAUACGCAGUUUCAAUAAUGUCUUGCAGAAACGACCGCCUCCUGAGGCUGAGGAAACUCUUCUCCACCAACUUGUUGGGAAAUGGAAGAAAUCACCGGUCAAGCAAUUACUUGAAAAAGGAGGAGAGGACAUCGAAGCGCUGAACAAGAAGAUUGAAACUCCACUAUUCAGAGCCGCGGUCAAGGGAGAUCGGGAUAUUGUGCAAUUGCUGUUGGAAUAUGGUGCUGAUCCAAAUGCAAGACCGCCCGGCUCAGAAUCCCCAUUGCAUAUCGCUUGUUUAAACGGCAGAAAGUACAUUGUGAAAGCACUGGUUGAGAGUGGUAGGGUCGAUUUGAGAGAACCGAACGCAAAAGGAGAGACUCCAUUAUAUACAUCUGUGCUGCGAGGACAGAAAGACUGCAUUGAAGUCUUGCUCGACGCUGGCGCGGAUCCAAAUUCACGACCUCUGGGUCAGGACAGUAUGCUGAGUAUCGCUGUGAAUACCGAUGCGAAAAGCACUGUCAAAGCUAUCGUCAGAUCUGGGAGAGUAAGGAUUGACGAACUGAACGGGAAAGGCGAGACUCCAUUGUAUGUUGCUGUAAGGCAGAACCGAAAAGACUGCACGGAAACUCUUCUUGAAGCCGGGGCUAAUCCGAAUGUAACGCCAAUCGGGAAGGACACCAUGAUUCAUCUGUGUAUCUCGCACGAUCUAAAAAGCAUUGCAAAGAUGCUUCUGCAGCAUGGUGCGAAUGUAGAGGAGCUUAAGGCAGGAGAAUCCCCACUGUAUAGAGCCAUAUACCGAGGUCAAACAACAAUGGUCAAACAACUUCUCGAAUACGGCGCCUCGACCUCACACCGCACCGAGAAAGGCGAAACACCACUCUCCAUGGCCGUCAGCCGCGGUGACAUGGGAAUCGUAUCCGUUCUUCUCGAGCAAGAGAAAAUUGACGUCGAAGCCGAAGACGAAAAACAGAGAACACCACUCUGGACAGCUAUUUAUCGAGGACAUACCACCAUCGCUGAGAUGCUGCUCCGAAAAGGAGCAAAUGCGGGGAAGAGUCCAGCGGGAGAAGAGACGCUGUUGAAUCUAGCUGUAGUCAGAGGUAGUGCUUCUCUUACACACUUACUAUUGGAGAAAGGCGCAGAUCCAGAGGAGCAGAGUCGAUCGAAUGAGACACCGGUAUUUCAGGCUGUUUGUCGCGGAGACACGGCUGUAUUGUCCCUGCUGCUCGGAAAGGGUGCUAGUCCAGAUACUCGCAAUCCGGCAGGAGAGACGGCCUUGCAGAGAGCUGUUUACCGCUCCGAUACCUCUGCUGUAUCUCUGCUUUUGGGGAAAGGUGCAAAUCCAGACUUGAAAGUUGUCAGUGGCGAGACACCGUUGUAUAUGGCGGUGUCACGAAAUAGCACCUCGAGUGUUUCCAUACUGCUCGCACACGGUGCCAAUCCUGAAGCUCGAAGCCCGAACGGCGAGCUACCGAUGAGUCGCGCCAUCUACGUGAACAGCACAUCCAUUGUAUCUCUUCUCCUGAGCCGAGGCGCAGACCCAGCUUCGAGGAUGCACAAUGGCGACACAAUGCUCGAGUACGCCACGAAACGAGGGAAUAAGACAAUAAUUCAGUUAUUGACCAACUGUGGACCGAGAGAGCCUGCGGAGAAGUUUUUGCGGAUUUGA